UGCAUAUUGGUAUUAUGUGCAACCUGCGCACGUUAGUCGAUGUAUCGUUAAGAUCGUUAAGGACGUUGAAGAAGAGACUGCGUUUGAUGUUUUGGUUUUAUGUUACCGGAAUUUCAGGAAAUUUGAUGUUUGCGUAUGUUAUCUUCGAGUAUGAUAAAGACCGAUAAACACUAGUUAAUAUAAGAACGACGUUCCAACGUAGGAAUAUCGUAUAACUUGUCAUGUUUUUGUUACAUGAUAACUGUUUGCAUAGGUAGAUAGAGUUGUAUAAACGUGAAAUUUGAACGUUUUUGAUACGUUCGGAGUUAUUUUAUGUAGGUUGUUACUAUCAGUAUGAAGCGUCAGAUGAGUAAGGUCUUAGCUGUGCCCAGUAAAUGACCGUAGGUUUUAACUGUUCUUAUUAUUGGUGCCAAGUAACCUUAAAAUACAGGGAAUUUUAACGCAACUUCUGGCGUACAGUUUGAAAUUUAACGUAAUAAUAAAAUAUGUGUCGCAUAGACGUAUUUAUUGUUGCUGUUACCCUGUGGCUGACAGCGUUUGCAAGUUCAUUAACUCCAGAAAUUGUUCAGUAUAGUGAGGAAGAAAGCAGUAUAGUACCGAUCGUACAGAGUGGAGAAUAUGGCACAUUGUAUAACAAGGUAGUUAACAGUGCAGUGGAAUACAUAUUUGUGUUCAAUAAGACUGAGGUGCCUCAAAAACAGCCAGCUCGCAUCAUGGUGGAAUGCAAGAAUUCAAGCAGGAGUUACCCUGUUUUGGUUGUUGUACGACACCAAAAAGGCGUGCUGUCAUGGCAGCUGCCUCUUGUAGUUGAUUCUAGGACAAAUCUCUUCGAAUAUGUGCACACUUCCCGCACGUUAUGCCCCAACAGCAAUUAUGAUUCUCUGAAUAUCCAGAGAGUUGGAAAUGUUAAUGAUGUCAUAGUCAGUGUGUCCACUGCCAGGCCAUACAAUCUUAAUUUCUCACUACUUGUCAGUCAUGAGACUAAUUUCUCCAUCAGGUUGUCUGAAGAAAGGCAUGUUCAUGUGUCACCGGCUGAUCCUCAGUUUUAUGCCUUCAGUUUCCCAGAUGAUGUAGAAACUGUUUUAUUGAGAGUUGACUCUGAUGAUGACAUCUGUAUGACUGUCUCCAUUCAGAAUAGGAGUUGUCCUAUAUAUGAUCUGGAGCGGAAUGUCCAGUUUGAGGGUUAUUGGCAGACUAUGAACAGACGUGGAGGUAUCACCCUUACUAAAACAGCAUUUCCUUUAGGGUUUUUUGUGGUAUUCGUCGUGAAGGGUGAUGACUGGGACUGUUCUGGUUAUUAUGAAACUGUGACAGUUGGGCGUAACAAGUCCCUGAAGUUCUCUGUUGAACGCAGCAUUACAUAUUUUAACUAUAUCAUAUCCACCGUUGGCACAGUGGUAGUGUUCAUGCUGUUCUACAUCUUUUUUGGUGUGGUAUACGUAAUCAAGAAACGUGGUCGGCAAGUGCUGGAUAAUGAUGUGUUGGAUGAUGAAAGCAUUCAGUCUCCUCAGUCUCCUGAAGGCCUGCCCAGCAGCUAUGAUCAGAUUCAUACUCCAGAUGCCAGCAGUAGUGUGACCAGUCCAGGCUUUCUUUCUCCCAGACGUCACUCCGAUUCAUCAUUAGAUGAGACUGACAUUGAUAUGCUCCAUGAUGCUGACAGUGACAAGAAUGUCUUCAGAACAAAAACUGUUCUAACUCUUAUGGACCUGGCACGCAAGGACUCACGAAUUCUGCGCAAGAAAUCACAGCUGUACCUUUGGAACCUGCUCACUGUUGCUGUGUUCUAUUCUCUGCCAGUUGUGCAGCUUGUAAUAACCUAUCAGCUGGUCUUGAAACAGACAGGAAAUCAGGAUCUCUGCUACUACAACUUCCUUUGUGCGCAUCCGUUGGGACUGCUGAGUGACUUCAACCAUGUGUUAUCUAACAUUGGCUAUAUAUUGUUGGGCCUACUGUUCAUUUUGCUGACGUAUCACAGGGAUAUCAUGCAUCGGAAGUCUGACAGUAGACUAGACAAGUACUAUGGAAUUCCACAGCACUAUGGGCUGUUCUAUGCAAUGGGUGCUGCACUUGUGAUGGAGGGUGUGCUCAGUGGUUGCUAUCAUGUAUGCCCUAAUCAGUCCAAUUUUCAGUUUGAUACAAGCUUUAUGUACGUGAUCUCAAUGAUGUGCAUGCUGAAGAUUUACCAGACACGACACCCUGAUAUAAAUGCCAGUGCUUAUACUACAUUUGGUGUGCUGGCACUGGUUAUUCUCGUUGGAAUGUGUGGUGUUCUUUGGGGAACCGUGUACUUCUGGAUUUGUUUCACAGUAGUACAUCUGGUGACAUGUCUAGCAUUAAGCGCUCAGAUAUAUUACAUGGGCCGAUGGAAGCUGGACCCGGGAGUGUUCAGGAGGGUUACUUCAGUGUUGUACAAUGAUCUCAGAGCUAGCCCUUGGCAAUGUAUAAAGCCUGCUUACCCAAACAGAAUGGUACUGCUCGUGUUAGGAAAUGUAUGUAAUUGGGCAUUGGCUAUUGUGGGCUUCCUUUACCACUUAAAGGACUUCGCUACCUAUUUGUUGUCCAUCUUUAUGGCCAACCUUUUGCUGUACUGCAUGUUCUACAUUAUGAUGAAGCUUUGCCACCGGGAACGGAUCUUGCCGCAGCCACUCGUAUACAUUCUCCUGUCAUUUGCUUCAUGGGGAGCUGCUCUCUACUUCUUCUUCAACAAGUCAAUAUCAUGGGCGCUAACACCAGCAGAGUCCAGGACUUACAACCAGCCAUGCGAGAUUUUGGACUUCUUUGACAAACAUGACAUUUGGCACUUCCUAUCAGCUACCAGCAUGUUCUUUUCAUUUAUGGUUUUGUUAACGUUGGAUGAUGACUUAGUUUUUGUUCAUCGCAGUAAAAUAGCAGUUUUCUGAAUCAAGUCAAUGGAAUGGUCUUCAUGGUGCUAAACUUCUGUGAUUCCUACAUGGCUGUUUGAAUGUGUGUUGUAAUUUAAAAUGUUAAACAUUUAUUGCUGUUUGAAUGAGGGUAUGACCCUUUUAAAGUGUUAAUAAUUUCUAAAUGUUAUUACUGGCAGUGGAGUAGGUACCAAACUUGCCCUCAGGUAUCUUUAUGAUUGAGGAGUUUAAUUUAAGUCUGAGUAUUGAAAACAUUAUCACAGUUGAAGCUAAGGGUGGUUUAUAUCAUUUGUUUGCAGAUAUCCUAUCAUUAAUUUAAACAGAAGGAAACUUUAAUAGCUGUGAACUGCAACUUAUGUUAAAGAAGUUAUUUUAUAUCUGUUUCAUUUUAUGUUUUAUUAUUAUAUGUAUGACAAUAGGUUAAAAUGUUUUGUACAGUUGAGCACCCUUCUCCAUUCUCUGACAGUGAUGAUUGCUGCUGGAGCAAUUUAUUUGCUUGCAUGAAAUGUCAUAAUAACAAUAACAAAAUGUCAGAGAUUACAAGCCUUAUACUGAUUCAAUUAAUUUCACCAGUUUUGUUAACUACUGGGUCAGUACAUAUUAUUUAUUGCCUGUUUAUUUACGUGUGCUUAAAAAUAGUAUAUUAAAUAAUGUUUAGAUUGUAAGGUUUGAGGCUUUCACGGUGGUGACUAUGAAGAAAGCAGUCUUCUGGGAUUCGGCAGCGUGUAUAUGUGGUGU